AUGGCUACGCCAGCCGCCUUGCCACCGUUACCCUUCAACCCUGCCAGGGUCCGCACAUAUGUUCUCCGACUGCCACUCUUUACCCGCCUAGUUCUUUUGGCCAUAAUUGCAUUCUGGUUGCUUGAAUUACAGACGAUCUGGAGUGUGGUGCAAUGGGGCGCACUGAUACCGAAUGAGAUUGGGCUUGGUACUAUGUACCGGCUCAACACCUAUCCUUUUAUCCACGCGGGAUUCUUCCAUGCUCUUUUGAACACAAUGGCGCUUACGCCGUUGCUGGAGCGAUUUGAGGCAGAGCACGGCACAUUGACCGCUGUUGCUCUGUUUAUUGGACCUCUCUCCACACUCCCCGCGGGUAUCUAUAUUCUGGUUGAGAAGUUCAUUCUGCAUAACAAUACCUCUGUUGUUGGCGCAAGUGUUUGGGUCUUUCUCCUCUUGGGCUCUGAAGCCAUUAGAACAUUCAAGUCUAACCCGUAUUUCACCAUUGGGACCAUCAAAAUCCCCACUUGGACCUCUCCUCUGCUCGCCAAUGUCUUUGUUUCGAUUCUUGUGCCAAACACCAGCUUCCUUGGGCACCUCUGCGCUAUCCUCGUGGGAUACUUGCUUGGACUCGGAUACCUUAAGGUGUUUGUCCCCCCUGAGAAGAUCCUGAGAUGGAUCGAAGGAAAGUUGAAUCUUCUGGGACGACUGCCACACUAUGUAUCUGUGGAUCAAAAGACGUAUGGUCGCUAUGGUGUCCUGCCUACAACAACUGCGGGGGCCGACCGACCAACACCGUUGAGCUAUCUGGGAACCUCGCAACGUCUGGGGUUGAGUAGAAGAAGAUAUGGGCCCAUGAAACGACUUUCCCUUUGGCGACAUACACCGAUCGUCCUCAGUGACGGCAUCAAACAAACAGCUGUUGACAACAGGAAAAUGACAGCUGCAAUCCGCAAAUUGCGGAAUAAUCCUCAUCUUCUCUUCGUGCGACUCCCAUACUUCCUUUCGUUCGCCUGCAUCGUCGUCGGGGUCAUCUGGCUUCUCCUCCUUCCCCUGAACGACUACUCCCGCCGAACCUACAUCUCGGAGAACGCGCUCUUGCCGGGUCAGGUCCACGCAUACUUCUCGGGCAGUGAACAGCACAUCUUCCGUGGAUACAAGAAGGAAAUCGAGACCCUAUUGAAUAAUGGAAGCGAAGGAGAAGGAGAAAAUGGGGAAUUAGCACCAGCGGUUUCUGAUAAAGUACGGUCGAUUCUGCGAGCUGCUGGUUUGAAGGUUGCAACGCAGAAUUAUGAAUACACAUCUGCGGGCAUCACGCAUCAAGGGCAGAAUUCCUAUGCGAUUAUCCAUGCGCCGCGCGGGGAUGCCACCGAGGCCAUUGUGUUGGUUGCGGCUUGGAGGACUGCGGAUGGCGAGUUGAAUACCAAUGGUGUCACUCUUGCGUUGACACUGGCGAGAUAUUUCAAACGAUGGUCCUUGUGGUCGAAGGAUAUCAUAUUCUUGAUCACCCCUGACAGUAAAUCUGGGACGCAGGCGUGGAUUGAUGCGUACCAUGACAUGCAUCCCUCUUCGGUUCAGCCUCUCCCAUUGAAGAGCGGAGCACUACAGGGAGCUCUGGUGGUGGAAUAUCCGUUCGACCAUCGGUUUGAAUCGCUGCAUAUUGUUUAUGACGGCGUCAAUGGCCAAUUGCCCAACCUUGACCUCUUCAACACCGCGGUUUCUAUCGCGGGUGGUCAGAUGGGAAUCGGGGCUAGUUUGCAGGAGAUGUGGGACCAUGAUGACAGCUACGAAAUGCGGUUGCAAACUAUCCUCCGAGGGAUGGUCAAGCAAGGCUUUGGAUACGCCACUGGCGCCCAUAGCAGCUUCAUGCCAUACCAUAUCGAUGCCAUUACCUUGCAAACGAAAGGAAAUGGUUGGCAAGACGAGAUGGCGCUGGGCCGCACUGUAGAGAGUCUCUGCCGCAGUCUGAAUAACCUGCUGGAACACUUGCACCAAAGUUUCUUCUUUUAUCUACUAAUGCAGUCCAACCGAUUCGUCAGUAUCGGGACUUAUCUGCCCAGUGCAAUGUUGAUCGCAGUCAACUUUACCAUCAUGGCAAUUGCCUUGUGGAUGCGGACAGGCUACUACACUGGUGUACAUCCGAGCUCAUCCUCUGCGAACGCAAAUGUUCCCAAGGAUAAGAAGGAAGCUGAGCAAAAGAAGAACGAACCAGCAGAAAAGAGCUCAAACGGAAAAGUUGAAGCAAGCGGUCUUUUGGAGCGACAAUUGGCACUUCCACUUACCGUCGUUGUUGGACUGCACCUAUUGGGCCUUGUUCCUCUCUUCAUUUUCAACAAUCUUUUCCACCAGUACUUUACCACUGCAACCUACGCGUUCGUCGUGGCCGACAUCGUUCUCCCCCUGGUCCUCGCAGCCCUGUUAACCAAAGGCGUCGUGUCCACUCCAACCCCCCAGCAAUACCUCCUAAUCAAAUCCUUCUCUCUCCUCCUACUCGGCCUUUUCCUCUCCACCCUCGCAACCCUCAACUUCUCGCUCUCCUUCAUGAUCGGUUUGCUCUGCGCACCGCUCAGCUUUGUCAACCGCAUCGACCGCCAAACCAGCGCACCUCUCCGUUACGCCUUAUCAAUUAGCGGACUCUUGAUCUUGAACGUCCUCUCGCCCCCAGUGGUCGCCCUUGGGACCUGUUGGUACUUUGGCGUGCCCGUGGAGACGAUUCUGACGGAGGCAGCGUUCGGUUGGGAUGUCUGGGGCAUGUGGACGCAGGUAGUGGUGUGGUGUGUUUGGUGGCCCGCUUGGGUUAUCGGGUGUGCCCUUCUGGGAUCUUCGAUAUUUUGA